UGUCCGUGCCGGUCACGUGACCACUGCGGAAGUCAACAAAUCAGUGAGAGAAAUGUGCCGUAAAAAAGCUUUUUACUUAAAUUCGCUGUUUUAUGUUUUCCGUUUAACACUAGCUUCAUGUGUCAUAAAAACGACUAGUUAAACGAAUCCGUAUGUUUUACAAAGUUAAAGUGCUUAGCUAGCGUUAACCUUAGUAGGUUCAGUAAAAACCCACUGUUACAAAAUGCGGAAUGACUCUUUUCUCUCAAGCAUAAACGUCGUGCUUGUUAUGGCCUACGGAAGUCUGGUGUUUGUUUUGCUGUUCAUCUUUGUCAAAAGGCAAAUUAUGCGUUUUGCAAUGAAGUCUCGGAGAGGACCACAUGCUCCCCUCGGCCACAAUGCUCCUAAGAAGCUGAGACAAGAAAUUGAAGCCAAACUGCGCCAGGUUCAGAAAAUCCACUUUGAGCCUCGUCUGCUUUCACCAGAUGAUGACCGGCUACAGCAGCAAGAACAGUCUGGUUCCCAUGACUACCUGUACAGGAUGAGAGCACUGGAUGCUAUCAGAGACACUGAUCUCCCUUUCCGUGAACUGGGUGGGACGUCCACCGCUGUGACGGGUAAAAGAUUUCGGAUGUGGCUUCUGCAGCUACGAAAUUCCCACUGCAUGUUCCGAGACAGCCAAAGGUCCCUCAUUGAUACAGUGCUGGAUGGCUACAAUAAAGCACGUCAUGGGGCAGAGGCUUUUGGUGAAGCAGAAUUUACAAAAUAUCAGACAGCCCUAACUGAACUGGCCUCUGUUGUGAAGUCUCAAAGCAGCAGCAGCAGCACUCCAAGCCAGCAUCACCAGUCUGCAGCCAAAGACCUGACCAGUACCACAGAUCCUGCAAACUCCCCCACCCAAGCCACCUACCUCACAUUUACAAUGCAGCAUCGCAGCAAGAGGCCCAGGCACUUCCUGGAGCUGAAGAACUUCAAAGACAACUACGACACUUUGGACAGUACGCUCUGAAAAACUGUGGCACCUAUCCAAAGCAAGGGUCAAGGACAAGGUAGUGCUACUGGUGAGUAAAGUGCCUGUGGACAGAGACAGGGUUACUGUCACCACAUAGUUUUAGAGAGAAGUGACAAAACACUGCCUUCAUAUACUAACACGUAUUACCUGAAUUACUUUAUAGUGCAUAUCAGACUACUGGUACAGUGCACUUUACCUAAGUGUAGCUUAUGCUUACUGCAUGUGAACAAGUGUUCUUUAUGUGUAGAAAAGUAAUAGUAUGUAAGGUUGAUUUGACCAAAACAAAGCUAGAGCUAUGGGGCUAUGCACUGUCAUAAGACAAUCAGUAUUUAUUGCACAGUAUAAAGACCUAUGCAGACUUACUGAAAUUAACCAGCUGUAUAUAAACAUGCUGAUAGUUACUGCUGUUAUUACUAGUGUUACUGGUUACUCUACAGGGGAUUAAAACAGUUGAUGCCAGUUUUGUGUGUGCCUACAGUAAGUAUGGCUCUUCUUUUCUUUUGUUACUGUGAAUCUGGGAGCCUUUUUAAGCCUUAAAUGUUUGUUUUAAAGAUGUUUUGACGAGUUGUCAUAAUUAACUUAAUGUCUCUCAGUGCAAUGUAAUUUAUCAUUAUUCAGUAUUAAUGUAUUCUGUAUUUGAGAUAUGUCUCAGCCUCAGGGAAGGCUCUCACUUGUUUCCAUGUUAGAGGUAGACUGCUCGCCUGAGAUGUCUCAUUUGGUAUUCAUGGUUCCCAGGGAGGUAUUCUAACCUGCUUACUGUACAUGUUGCCUUCAAAAUAAAACUGUAGCAUACAGUUAAAAAUUGUCGUACAAUGUUCUUACAUGCAAUCAGCACAGUAUAGUAUUUUGUGAGAAUAGUGUCCAGCAGAGGGCGCUCCUUUUGUAGUAAUCUACUGGUUUGAUUCCAGUAAGAGAGGAAGCACUGUUGUAUCAUUUUUCAGUAUUUUAUUUUGAGAGCCACAAGCACAGAUAAUAGAUUAGAAUGUACUUCAUACAAAAUCUACUUCUAUCAGUCUAGAGGUCUAUUUUU